ACGAACCUCACGUCACUUUUAUCAGUGAAUCACAAAUAAUAAAAGUAGGUGGUAACAGUGGGUUUCAAUAAGAGUGACUACCUGUUCGAUUCAUAAAUAUUACGGCACCUCUUAAGAAUUUGUCAGUUACAUUCUAUAACGACAAACGGAAUUUGAAUUUAAUUGUUUGAUUGUUACUUGUGAGGGUACAAAGUUGAGAUAUUUAUUAAAAUGGCAUCAAUGCCCAGUAAACUCGAUAUUGUUAAAGCGAAAACGUACGAUUUUCUGCAAAAUGAAAGACUGUGCGGUGAAUUAGUGCAAGAGAAGGAUUUUGGAAAUAAUACUAGUCAUGAAAAUGGCCAAGCCAGACCUCAUCAUCAAAGUGUAUCGAAUGAGAAAGAAGAUCAACUAGAAGAGAAAUUGGUAGAGGAACCUGAAAGCAGCCGAUCGUCUAAAAAGAAGAAAACCAAAAUAUCUAUCAUUACUGAUUCCAGCACAGAUUUCUCAGGAUCAGCACCAAAGAGAUACACCACUACCUGUUAUAUACAGCCAAUGAAUGUUCCUUAUCGGUAUUCAGAAACAAUAUUCCUCAAGAUUGAAACGAAAAAAAGAUCACACAAAGAGAAAAUAUUCUUCAAAGACGAAAUGAUCCCCAUUAGAUGGGCAGAAACAAUGUCUACGGAAAUAACUACGUUUCCAAAAAAUAUUAUGUCAGAAAUUACGAUUCCUGUUGAAGAUGUUUUCAUAGAACUCAAUCCAGCUGCUUGAGCAACAGGAAAAAUCGCCACCGAAACAUUCCAAAUAUUUUUGCCUAAAUGGAUUUUAUUGUAAUUUUUUAACAUUGAUUGUACUUAAUGACGAAGGGAAACUGAAAAUAUAUUGUCCUUAUAAAAAACUA